AUGGAUCACAGCUCUGUUUCAUCCGAAGUCGUGGAAAAGAAAUCGGGAUCGAUAUCUGACAAUGGGACAACAAAUGAUGAAAAUGCCUCAAAACCAAAAGUUCAACAGACGAGUACCCAUUAUGAUCCCAAACUAAUUACAUCAUUGGAUUGUAAAAUACUACAAUAUCAAUAUAACAUUUACAAAUUACAAAAAUCAAUCAGUCAUAUACGGAAACUCCAAACGGAAUGUCAAUCAUCACCAAAUUUACCUUUGCUUCAUUAUAUUGUGUUAUUGGUGGGGUGUACAUUCUCCAUUAAUGACAAAGCCUUCGAUGCCAAAUUGGAUAUUUUAUCGAAUUUUCAUUUAUUUAGAAAUACAACCAUCAAUAUAACAGCUGCAACUUCACACAUUCCAUACGAUACACCAGAUUUACCAAUCACACCAUUAAAUGAUAUUCCGGAAGUAUCGACAUCAAUCAAAUGUUUGAAACAAUUGGAAUCUUUAUGCAAUACGUGUCUACAGGGAUACAAGAAGAAAUUGGAGCAAGCAAAAGUAGAAAAAUCAAAUGAAGUUGGAAAUAUUGACACUAUAGAUGCUUAUUAUAGUACAAUUGAGAAAAUAAUUUCAAGUGUCAUUUUCAAUAAUGAUAUUGAUUUGGUUUUCUCAGAUUCGACAUUCACCUUACCUAUAGAUAAUGUUGAAUUGAUGGCCAACGAGAAUUUCCAAGAAGCCACUUUGAUUGAUAUGGACAUUAAAGAACUUUUCAUUAUUGUUAAACAAAUCGAACGACUGUUGAAUUUUUUGAAAUCCACUAUUGUCAAAUUGAAACAACCUCAAUGUGCAGAUCCUUAUGCUCUUCAUAAAAUUUUUCUUAUUACUCAAAGAUUGAAUGAUAUUUAUACAAUUGUACGAAGAUAUGGAAGAAAAAUCUAUCUUUCUAAUUAUCAACAUUUGACUGAUUCAAAAUUUUUGUUCCAUUGUAAGAAUCCACAGUUUUUCAAGAAUAACAUUUUAAAGGAUAUGAAUGAUUUUUUCAAUUCAAUGAAGAAAAAUGGUACUUUGAUUGCUAACUUGACUAGAUUUGUUCGUCAAGAUUCAAGGUUUGAAACAAAUUCCAAGAAUAUCACAAAUAAUAUGAACUUUACUAAUCAAGGUUUAUUAACUGUUGAAACCACACUAACUAAACUUAAGGAAUUUGGUAUGAGUUGGAUUGUUAGUGAAUUAAAAUUUAGAAGGGUGUAUCAAUUGCCAAAAAAGAACUUGUUUGAUAUAUAUCAAUCGGUUCCUGAUUUUAAACAACGCACAAACGCUGCUGCACUGAUUACAGGACCAAACACGCUGCUGGCUACGGCAACCACAAGUGCUAACAAAUCAAAAACAGAAAAUUCAACACCAAAUGGUGGUCAACCGGUCAAGAAAACACUCGACAAACUGGAAACAAACAACGAGGGAACUAAAUCAAGAUCCAGAUCAUCAUCAGUAUCAAGCAUCACUAGUAAUGGAUCAUCUUCAGGAUUAAUGAGAAGAGGUUCGAUUUCUUCUCCAGCAAAGCCUUCACCUUUGUCAUUAUCACAAAAUGGAAGAAAUUCUCCUAGAACAAGUAGACCCAACUCGAUGUUAUUUUUAAAUCCAAACUCAUCAACAUCAAAUUUAGAAAGUGAUCCAGAAAAGAAGUCAAGUGCACCCUUAAGUCCAUCAACAGGGGCAGGAACAAUCGCAAGAAGAAGAUCCAACUCUCAACCAAUUGGUAGGGACGCAAUUAUUGCUACAUCUGGUGCUGCAACUGCACUCUCCAGAAACAGUAGUUUAUCUUCACACACGUCACCAUUAAGAUCACCUAGCACAAAUAAUAAUAUGACAGCCGUACCAACAGAAAAGGCAUCAUCUCCCACACCAAGUAAGAUAACCCAGAAAUUGCUUAUGGUCCAAGAGGAAGAAACACCUUCUCUUGCUCAAAAAUCAGCUUCAGCAGCAACAAAAUUGUCCGCUUCACAAAGAUUCCAACAACGCGUCAGGGAAGCAGCCAAGAAUGGUGAUCUUGUAACACAAAAGAAGGAAACUUUCACUUCUGUUACCUUUGAUCCUAAUGAUACUUCCAAAUUAUCCAUACGUAAGUAUUCUGAUAUUCCAACAUCUCCAGAUAUAGAAGCGGAAUCGAAAGAGGAAGAGCCAGAGAAGGAGAAGGUUGCAGUUGCGCCACAAAGAAGAACUAGAGAUCAGGUCACCCGUCAUAAUACUCAACGCAAUAGUCAUAUACCAAUACCAAAAAAUACAGAUACAAAAUCGUCAAGCAGUUCGAUUGAUCAAAGUAGUGGAAGCAAUAAUAGUACUGGAAGUGUUAGCAACUCAACUUCGACAACAACAACAACAACAGCGACGAUUUCCAAAAAAGUUAGAUUUACAGGAGUCCCAGAAUGGACAGAAGCUGAAGAUGCCCCAACAAAAUACUCUCACGCCAUUUUAAGAAACUUUGCUGUGUUUAGACAUCCUAUAAAGACAGCUAAAGCUCAUAAUUCCAAAAGUGAUCAAUUAUUACACGAGGAAAGUAUAUCUUUCAAGACAUCAACUGUUGUUGUUAACGAUAAUGAAGUGACAAUUGCACCUAAACCCAAAUCAGGAUUUUCUAGAAUCAAAAGUAGACUAAUAUGA